AUGUUCUAUCAACCCGGUGUCACAGACCACGGCCUACCUCAUGACCCUUUUAAGGCAUGUGUGAUCCCCCGACCCAUUGGCUGGAUAUCAACGCGAAGCAAAGAUGGACAAGACAAUCUAGCACCAUACUCGCAAUUCAACAAUCUCMCCUUUGACCCGCCAUACGUCAUGUUCUCCUCGAACAUGUUGCCGCCUGACAAUAUCCAGCGCAAAGACACCGUCGUCAAUGCCGAGCAAACGAAACAUUUCGUCUGGAACAUGGCCACCUGGGACUUGCGCGAGGCCGUCAACAUUACCGGAGAAUACCUAGCUCAUGGUGUUGACGAAUUCGAAAGGGCGUCGCAAUACAUAUCCAAGGAGCCAGCUACACUGAUGGAUGUAUCGAUGGUCAAGGAAUCGCCGGUCAAAUUCGAAUGUGAAUAUCACUCUACCACGCGACUACCGGGGAAUCCGCCCAUGGGGACUGUUGACAUAGUGAUCGGGAGGGUGAUUGCGGUUCACAUCAAGGAUGAGGUGUUGACGGAUGGUAUUCUGGAUGUCAAGAAGACCUUGCCAAUUGCUCGCUGUGGUUAUCAUCAGUAUACGGUGAUACGGGAAACUUUUGAGAUGGUGAUCCCGGGAGACAAUAAGCUUAUGCGGCUCGGUCUGGAGGGGAAUGCGAAGGCUGCUCGCCAAGCUACUCAGCAGGGGGACAAAAAUGAAGCAUAG